AUGAAUCUCUGCUCCGUUGCUUUUGCUUCUCUGUUCUCCUUCUGCCUGCUUCUGCUUCCUGCUAAACAUGGUGCUUCCUCCCAUGGAAGCUACAAGCUAGGGCCCAGACAAAUUUUUUUCAAGACAUCUGACAGGUCAUCAUCUGGCGACUCACACCAGGCCUCAAGGCUGCCUCCUGCAACCACCUGCUCGUCCAUGGCAACUGGCUUAGACAACAACAAGCUACCCAUAGUACACCGGCAGAGUCCAUGGUCGCCGUUGCACGGGCUGCCGUCGCUAACAACGGCAGAUGUCCUGCAUCGCGACACCUCCCUCGUCCGGCGCCGGCGCCGUUUCUCCUCACAGUCGUCUGUGGUGGCUGCCCCAACCCCGGCUCUGUCGCCGGCUGCAGCCACCAUAAUCCCGGCCAACGGCUCGUCAGACCCGUCGACGCUACCAGGCGCGCUGGACUACAUCGUGCUUGUCAGCUACGGUUCGCCGGAGCAGCAGUUCCCGGUGUUCCUGGGCACCAACGUCGGGACAUCCCUGCUCCGGUGCAAGCCGUGCGCCUCAGGUUCCGACGACUGUAACCCGGCGUUCGACACGUUACAGUCCUCGACGUUCGCCCAUGUCCCCUGCAGCUCGCCGGACUGUCCGGUGAACUGCUCCAGUUCCGUCUGCCCGUUUUACGACCUGUAUGGGACCGUCGGCGGCACGUUUGCGACGGACGUGCUCACGCUGGCGCCGUCGUCCAUGGCCGUCCACGACUUCAGGUUCGUCUGCAUGGACGUAGAGAGUCCUUCUCCUGAUCUGCCGGAGGCCGGCUCCAUCGACCUCAGCCGCCACCGCAACUCGCUGCCGUCGCAGCUGUCGUCGUCGUCGGGGAUAGCCCCCACCGCUGCCUCCUUCUCCUACUGCCUGCCACAGUCCCGGAACUCCCAGGGCUUCCUCUCCCUCGGCGGCGACGCCACCGUCGUCGGAGACGACGACAACCUCACCGUUCACGCUCCGAUGGUGUGGAACAACGACCCUGAUCUCGCGAGCAUGUACUUCAUCGACCUCGUCGGAAUGAGCCUCGGCGGCGAGGACCUUCCGAUCCCGUCCGGGACCUUUGGCAACGCUAGCACCAACCUGGACGUCGGGGCCACCUUCACCAUGCUGGCGCCGGAGGCGUACACGACGCUGCGCGACGCCUUCCGGAAGGAGAUGUCGCAGUACAACAACCGCUCGUCGCCGGCGGGGUUUGACGGCUUCGACACGUGCUUCAACUUCACGGGGCUGAAUGAGCUCGUCGUACCGCUCGUCCAGCUCAAGUUCAGCAAUGGCGAGAGCCUGAUGAUCGACGGGGACCAGAUGCUGUACUACCACGACCCCGCCGCCGGUCCAUUCACCAUGGCGUGUCUCGCCUUCUCCUCCUUGGACGUCGGCGAUUCCUUCUCCGCCGUGAUUGGGACGUAUACGCUGGCGUCCACAGAGGUGGUGAUUUCUACAUGUGCGAGGAGGGAAAGGAGGCCAGGGGCGGAGCAGGUGGCGAUCUCUUCUUGCAGGAAGCGCGUCACUGACUUGUGGUACUACCACAAGGUCAAGCGGGAGAAGCUCACCAAGACUCAGGCAAGACAGGUGGUCCUCACCAGUGAGCAGUACCUGCUGGUGCCUACUUAG